AUGACAAUCCGUUGGCAAGAUCAAUCCCCGCAAAUCCGCAAGCGGAACGCCCAUCACCCGGUAAAGCGGCCACCCAAGUUGCCGAGAAUGUGGGGUAUAGCCGAGAAACGUUGCGAUGGCAAGGCAUGGUAUUACAAUGGCAAGAUUGAAGCAUCAAAAACUUCCAGACCGGCCUCGAGCUCGUGGCGUGCCAAAGCAGCGGAAGCGUGGAAUCAUUCCGAGAACUGGCAGCUCGCCCCGAAACACGUCCAUCACGUUUUGGUUACUGGUAAUUCGUACAGCGACAAUACCAGGCAGCGCUAA